AUGAAAUUCUCGCCAAUAGAUUAUUUUCUAUUUAUAAUGAGUAUACUUUUUUUAAAGAAUAAAAGUAAACCAAAAGAUCCAUAUGAAGAGAUAUUCUAUGAGUAUAAGACAAGAUUUAUACCGCUUCUAGAUCAUUCACAUGAGGAUAAGGCUGCAACUAUAAAUUAUUUAAAAAGUGAUGAGUUUUUGAAAGUACCAAUUUUCAUUAUAACUUCGCAAAGGGCAGUUGAAAUGUUUAGAGAAUGUAUUGAAGAAAUUGAAAAUAAAGAAGAAAUAUUAAAUAAAAUAGGUUAUACUGUUGGUCCAGCAACUUUUAAAAUACUAAGUGAUGUUGGUUUUAAAAAUGUUAAAGGUGGUGGUAACGCUGGUAAUGGUGCAAAAUUAAGUGAAAUUAUAAUAGAUGAAGUUGACAAAUCGCUACCAAUUGUAUUUCUUACAGGUGAAAUUAGAAAAGAUAUAAUACCGAGAAAAUUAAAAGAAGAAGGUUAUAAUUUAACUGAAUUUGUGAUAUAUAAAACGUUUGAAAGAGAAUUGGGGAAAAUUGAAUUUAAUAAAGAUGAUUGGAUUGUAUUUUUCAGUCCUCAAGGAACAAAAGAAAUUGUUAAAUAUCUAAAACAUGAUAAUCAAAAUUGGAAAAUUGCAAGUAUUGGUCCAACUACUGAAGAGUAUUUAAUAGAAAAUAAUUUACCGCCUAAGAUUGUUUCACAAAAGCCAUCCCCAUCAUCGUUAUAUGAAUCAAUUAGUAAAUCUGAUAAUGAAAGGUGA